AACAAUUAACAAAGAUCCAUUUCGAUCAUUAUCUGAUUAGUGAAUUCCGGAGAUGGAUCAGCCAAAGAAAGUUGCCGAUAGGUAUCUGAAGCGUGAGGUUCUUGGACAAGGUACUUAUGGAGUCGUCUUCAAGGCUACUGAUACUAAGGUGUCUCUUCCUAGGAACAAUUUUGUUGAAUCUGAUAGCUCUAAGAAUGGAGAAACUGUAGCGAUCAAGAAAAUAAGACUUGGUAAAGAGAAAGAAGGUGUGAAUGUAACAGCUCUGAGAGAAAUCAAAUUACUUAAAGAGCUUAAGCAUCCACAUAUAAUUGAGUUGAUUGAUGCAUUUCCUCACAAGGAGAACUUGCACAUUGUGUUUGAGUUCAUGGAGACUGAUCUCGAAGCAGUUAUUCGCGAUCCUAAUCUGUUUCUUUCGCCCGGUGAUGUCAAAUCUUACCUCCAAAUGAUAUUGAAAGGUCUUGAAUAUUGCCAUGACAAAUGGGUUUUGCACAGAGAUAUGAAGCCAAACAACUUGUUAAUAGGACCCAAUGGACAACUGAAACUUGCAGAUUUUGGGUUAGCUCGUAUAUUUGGUAGCCCUGGUCGUAAGUUUACCCACCAGGGAAACAGUGAUAUUGAUCAAUUAAGCAAAAUAUUUGCUGCCUUUGGGACUCCAAAAGUAGAUCAAUGGCCCGAUAUGAUCUGCCUUCCUGAUUAUGUAGAGUAUCAAUUUGUCCCUGCGCCUGCUUUACGUUCUUUACUCCCAACGGUUAGUGAGGAUGCUUUAGAUUUGUUGUCAAAGAUGUUUACCUAUGACCCCAAGUCUAGAAUAACGAUUCAGCAGGCUCUACAACACAGGUACUUCACAUCUGCACCUUCGCCUACUGACCCUUUAAAGCUCCCAAGACCAGUUCGCAAGCAGGACGCUAAGUCAUCUGACAGUAAACACGAAGCCAUUAAAGUGUUGUCACCAGCACAUAAGCUUAGAAGAGUGAUGCCUGACCGAGGAAAGUCUGCUAAUGGUUUCAAGGACCAGAGUGUUGAUGUCAUGAGACAAGCUAGCCAUGAUGGACAAGCACCGAUGUCUUUAGAUUUCACCAUCCUAGCCGAGCGGCCUCCUAACCGACCAACCAUCACCAGCGCGGAUAGAUCUCAUCUGAAGAGGAAACUUGAUCUCGAGUUCCUGUAGGAUAUAGCGUAACAGGCUUCUUCUUGACGUCGUUCUUCAGUUCCUAUAGCCUAUAGGAUCUCUAGUUACAGGCUCUUACUGGUUUGUUCCUGAAAUUUGUCAUAUUACAACUAGUGAUGAAUAGUGUGAAUCAUUCUUUCUGUUUACAAUAAAAUAUAAAGCACAGA